UCAGGAUCGCCGUUAGAUAAUCGCAUUUAUCGUCUCCUCGCGCGCGGCGGGGGCUGAUGGGAGCGGAGCGGGAGCCGAGGACAGAAAAAUAAUCAGAAUUCCUGGAACUCCGGAGAGGCGACGUGACGCCGCGCGGACGCACGACGAGCCGCAAACUUCAGUGGAUCCAUCGAAAUAAGCGCAAUUAUGCGUCGGGAUCGGGUCUUAAUUUAUGAUGAGGAGCGGCUUCAUCACGGCUACAUUUGCCUACCUGCGCUCUGAAAGACCAGACCCGUAAGCCUCCAUCAGCUGGACUCUCAGAAACUUCUUCCAUCCCGUCUCACAUCCUGCUGCCAGCAUGCCCAUCAUCAGCAACACCAACCAGGACUUCAGCACCUACUCCAUCAGCACCGACGACAGCAGCCUCGACCGCUUCUUCACCGAGAUCCCAGAAACCGAGACCCUCAAGGGUGUUUACUUCCAGCGAGCCCAGCUGCUUCGUGACCCCAAGGCCUCGUAUGUGGUCGACCACACACUGCAGGUUCUCAUCAAUGUCGGGGGCAACCGCUACACCUUCCCCUGGAGCACGCUGGAGCAGUUUCCCCAGAGCCGGCUGGGUCGUCUGCGGUUCUGUACCACCCCAGAAGAGAUCGCGCGGCUCUGCGAUGACUAUGACGAGACAUGCCAGGAGUAUUUCUUUGACCGGAACCCAACAGCCUUCCGGGUGAUUCUCAACUUCCUGGCUGCAGGAAAACUGCGUCUGCUUCGGGAGCUGUGCGCCGUGUCUCUGCAUGAUGAGCUGGACUAUUGGGGUGUGGACCCAGGCCACAUGGAGCGCUGCUGCCGUCGCCGCAUGAUCACCCGUGUGGAGGAGGUGGCGGAACGAGAGCGUAAAGAGGAAGAGUGGAGGGAGAAAAGAUUAACUAUAAAGAAAAGCACAGCACAAACAGAGAAGGGCUACCACAGACUGAUCACAACGCUGCGGGAGGUGAUGGAAAACCCUCACUCAGGGUUGGCCGGGAAGAUAUUUGCCUGCCUCUCUAUCAUCAUGGUGCUGGUCACUGUCGUCAGCCUCUGCAUCAGCACCAUGCCGGACCUCAGAGAUGAGGAGAACAGGGGCGAGUGCUCUCAGAAGUGUCGCAACAUGUUUGUGGUGGAGUCCAUCUGCGUGGCUUGGUUCACUCUGGAGUUCGUGCUGCGAUUUGUCAACGCCCAAAGCAAGCUGGCCUUUGCUCGUGGCCCCCUCAACAUCAUUGAUGCCAUCGCCAUCCUGCCAUAUUACGUGUCCUUGGUGGUGGAUGUUGGUGAUGAGUCACAGGAGGAUGUCAUCAUGGGGGCCAGUAGAGGCUACCUGGACAAGCUGAGUCUGAUCCUGCGCCUACUUCGGGCCCUGCGCAUCCUCUACGUGAUGCGGCUGGCGCGCCACUCUCUGGGCCUGCAGACGCUAGGGCUGACCAUGCAGCGCAGCAUGAGGGAGUUCGGCCUGCUGCUGCUCUUUGUCUGUGUGGCCGUCACCCUCUUCUCACCUCUGGUCCAUCUGGCCGAGAGCGAACUGGCACCGUUUGCCGCCACACACCCCCACCAGAGAUUCAGCAGCAUCCCGGCCUCCUACUGGUGGGCCAUCAUCUCCAUGACAACAGUGGGCUACGGCGACAUGGUGCCACGCAGCAUCCCCGGACAGGUAGUGGCGCUCAUCAGCAUCCUGAGUGGUAUUCUCAUCAUGGCGUUCCCGGCCACCUCCAUCUUUCAUACCUUCUCCCGCUCCUACCAGGAGCUGAAGCAGGAGUACGAGCGAGUAUGGAAGCAGGAGCGACACCAGGGGACGGUCGAGGGGAGCUGGUCCAAGGCUGAUUACUCACCAGAGUUUAAGCCUAUGUCCAAGGAGGACAACAAUGAGGUCUUGUCAAGAAAGACUCAUUAAUCCACUCCUCCGGCGACGGCUUUCUAACAGAGAUCCAUCACGAUGCUGCACCUUUAAAGUCUUUCUGAAUUGUGAAAAUCUUUCCAACGCACUCAUGUGUUGGAAAGAUUAAGUUUAUGUUUGUUCCACCUUCUGGAGUCUUCCUUUAAUAUCUUCCAUCAGUCUAUUUGUCUUCUUAACAUCCUCAUACACGAAGCCUACAAUCAGCCGUCAGGAGCAUUUGGAGCAUUGGUCAACAUCAGGAGAGCUCUGUACCCCUGCAGGUUUAGAGGAUACAUCCAAACUUGCACAUGGAUGUGGUUUUUGCACCAUGUUUGUGUUUGCACAGGUGAUGCAAGGACAAGCAACAGAGGGACCUUUAGCUGCAGCCGGUUCUUGAUGCUGACUGGGUGUGUAAGAGCCCUUCCUCGUGUAAGUUUGUUAUCGUGGUGUGAAAACGUCCUCUCCAUGCAGCUGUAACCCUUUACUCGACCAUGAACAAACACUGACCUGUCAUCCUCACACCAAUGUUGAGCUCAUUUCUCCAUUUUCACACUGUAAUACGUGCAGCUGAUGACACACAUUGUGUCAGCCUCACUGACAGCUGUCAUCUCCCCCUAGUGGUUGGAUGAUGCUACUACGACUUUUUUCACUUGGCUUUCACAUGUAAUGGAAAAACAUGUUCAUCUGCUGACCUCGUCCACAGUGCUUAGCUUCCUGUCUGCUUCUUCAAGAUGGUGACAAGAAUACACGAAUGUAGAUUUGCAUCUUUACUGAGACAAAUAAAUUUAGCUAGAACAAGAGCAGAGUGAGUGUUUCCCCGGCAUUAAAAAACCUGGAUCCAUGUCUCACAUCGACAUCAAAUUAUUGUCCCCAGAGUUAACCUUCAGCAACAUUUUCAUACAGAUCUUUCCAAAACAUUUAAACUGGUACCAUGUCAUAGGUUAACAUAAAGGUACAUAAAAGUCAAAUAGUACUGAGACGAAAGACUUUAUGAACCUAAGCCCCAACCAUCAGAUAGUUCUUCACAA